AUGGCCUCAUCAACACCCAUGACGGUGGUGGACGUCCACACCCACAUGUACCCCCCGUCCUACGUCAAGAUCCUCGAAUCUAGAACCACCAUUCCCGUCGUGCGCAGCUUCCCGCAAACACCAGACCCGCGCCUCAUCCUCCUGGCCUCGGAGGAACAAGCCCUCGAUGAGGCUACCAAGGAUCCUUCAGCGAAGCCUCCUGGCCGGCCGCUGACCUCUCACUACGCCUCGCUCGACCAAAAGGUCCACUUCAUGGACACGCACAAGAUCAACAUCUCGGUCAUCUCCUUGGCGAACCCGUGGCUCGACUUCAUCGAUGCCUCCGAAUCUGGCGCCAUGGCCAAGGGCGUCAACGAGGAGUUCGACGGCAUGUGCGCCGCACACCCGGGCCGCCUCUUCUUCUUUGCUGCUCUGCCUCUGACGGCAUCACUCGAGACCAUCUUGGAGGCCAUCAACCACGUCAAAGCCCUCAAGUACUGCCGCGGCAUCAUCCUCGGCACUUCGGGGCUCGGCAAGGGCCUCGACGACCCGGACCUGCUGCCCAUCUUCAAGGCCAUCGCCGCCGCCCGCCUGACCAUCUUCCUGCACCCGCACUACGGGCUGCCCAACGAUGUCUGGGGUCCCAGGGCGAGCAACGAGUACGGCCACGUUCUUCCCCUGGCCCUGGGUUUCCCGAUGGAGACCACCAUCGCCGUGGCACGCAUGUACCUGGCUGGCGUCUUCGAUGACGUCCCAGAGCUGCGCAUGCUUCUGGCGCACAGCGGAGGCACGCUGCCUUUCCUGGCGGGACGCAUCGAGAGCUGCAUCAUGCACGACGGGCAGCUGGUGCGCGAGGGCAAGGUCGGCAAGGGCCGCCGGACGAUUUGGAGCGUGCUCAAGGAGCAGAUCUACCUCGACGCCGUCAUCUACUCAGAGGUUGGGCUGAAGGCGGCCAUCGAUGCCAGUGGAGCGGAUAGACUCAUGUUUGGCACUGAUCAUCCCUUCUUCCCGCCAUUGACCUCUGAUGAGCAGGGCGAGUGGGAGAGUGUGAGCAUGAAUGCUGAUGCCGUUGCUGUGGCGGUGGGUGAGGGAAGCGAGCAGGCCAAGGCCAUCAUGGGCGGCAAUGCGAUUGAUAUUUUGAGACUAAAGGUGGACUGA